UGUUAUUGUCCGGUUUUCUGUCUGGUCUUCGAUACGCGCAUUGCGGCGUGGCAGAAUCUGCAGCAAUAUUCUGAUAAUCGUCGCCAGCUGGAAUUCCGGUCCCGGACAAUCUGUACAUCAUGCCGACCGUUGGAGUGAAACGUGACCUGCUGUUCAAAGCCUUGGGAAAAACGUACACGGAUGAUGAAUUCCAGAAGCUGUGCUUCGAGUACGGUUUGGAGCUUGACGAGGUUACCACCGAGAAGCAGAUGAUCACGAAGGAACAGGGAGAGGUCGAAGCAGCUAAAGAUGCUAGCGAAGACGUUAUUUAUCGAAUUGACAUCCCGGCCAACCGGUACGAUUUGCUGUGCCUUGAAGGGAUUGUGCUCGGGUUGCAAGUCUUCCUGGGAAAAAUACCUUUUCCCCAGUUUAAGAAAGUGGCCCCAUUGAAAGGAUCAGCUGAAAAAUUGAUAAUAACUGAGAGCACCAAGCAGAUUCGUCCGUUUGCUGUUGCUGCUGUUCUUAGGAAUGUAACUUUCACGAAGGAAUCUUACAACAGUUUCAUCGAUUUGCAAGAUAAAUUGCAUCAGAAUAUUUGCCGCAAGCGUGCAUUGGUUGCUAUCGGAACGCAUGAUUUGGAUACCCUACACGGUCCAUUCACCUUCGAUGCCAAACCGCCGAAGGACAUUAAAUUCGUUCCACUCAAUCAGGAGAAGGCAAUGACCGGCGUUGAGCUGAUGGAGUUUUACUCAACGCACGCCCAACUGAAAGCCUAUUUGCCCAUAAUCCGUGAUUCGCCCGUUUACCCAAUAAUCUACGAUUCGAAGGGAGUUGUUCUAUCGCUACCUCCAAUCAUCAAUGGAGACCAUUCCAAGAUUAAAUUGGAAACCAAGAAUGUUUUCAUCGAAUGUACUGCAACCGAUUUGACCAAAGCGAAGAUCGUACUGGACACUUUGGUUUGUAUGUUUUCUUACUACUGUGCUAAACAAUUCACAGUUGAAUAUUGCGACGUGGUGAAUCCCAAUGGAGAAACGGUCCAAUACCCUGAGCUGGUCUUCCGAAAAGAAUCAAUUUCAGCAUCACAAGCCAAUGCCUAUAUUGGAAUCAACGAAACUCCUGAAGCAAUGGCCAAGCUACUAAACCGUCUGCUGCCUACUGUCCAAAGUUCCUCCAAUAAGGACCAGCUUGAGGUACAGAUUCCUCCGACACGCCACGACAUGCUGCACGCUUGCGACAUCAUCGAAGACGUUGCCAUCGCUUACGGAUAUAAUCGAAUUCCGAAAACCCUUCCGGGUACGAUGCAUAUUGCUCGCCAAUAUCCACUGAACAAACUGACAGAACAACUGCGGGAACAAAUCGCCCAAGCUGGUUUCACCGAAGGCCUAACCUUCACGCUUUGCUCCCGAGAUGAUAUCGCAACGAAAUUGAAUCAUAAAAUUGAGCAAAUUCCAGCAGUUCACAUCGCAAACCCGAAAACGCUCGAGUUCCAAGUAGUACGAACCACUUUGAUACCUGGUCUGCUGAAAACACUAGCUGCCAAUCGGAAGAUGCCUCUGCCGCUCAAACUGUUUGAAGUUUCCGACGUGGUCCUGGCCGAUGCCAAAUCCGAGGUGGGAGCUAAAAAUGAGCGACGCAUUUGUGCCGUCAAUUGUAACAAAACGGCUGGCUUCGAGGUUGUGCAUGGUUUGUUGGAUCGAGUUAUGCAACUUUUGGAGGUAGCCUGGAACAAGGAAACCGGUUAUUAUUUGCAAGCCGCAGACGAUCCGGCCUAUUUCCCAGGGCGCUGUGCCGCAAUCCUUUAUAAGGGAGCGCCGAUUGGAAAAAUUGGAGUGCUGCAUCCAACGGUGCUACACGCUUUCGAACUGACCACACCCUGCUCGGUGGUCGAAUUUACGAUGGAACAUUUCGUUUGAGCUGGAACUCUGGAUUUUGUAAAAUCAAAAUGCAAUCGAAAAUAAAGUUUUGUUCAAAAGCGAA